AUGGAGCCAAGUGGGAGCAGAUAUAGAGAGAAAAGAAGGGGGCCCAGAACUGAGCCCUGUGGGACCCCGCAGGUGAGAGGAGCCGAGGAGGAUGUCGAGUCACCGAGGCUGACACAGAAAGUUCGAUCAGCCAAGUAUGACCUGAACCACUCCAAAGCUGUGCCCCUGAUGCCCACCUGCUCCUCCAGACACGAGCCUAGAUUUCUACACUUGGACACUUGCUGUCAUUAUAUCGAGCAAGCCCAUCAUGGACUAACCAAUGCAUCACCGUUUUCCCCAUCCCUCCCUAUUAUUCUUAUUCUUUUAAGUAUUCUUCAUUGUCAAGCCGCCAAAGUGGAGAGUGUGAUUGCAGAAGGGGGUGCUUCUCGUUUCAGUGCUUCUUCAGGGGGAGGAGGUGGUAGGGGUGCACCUCAGCACUAUCCCAAGACUGUCGGCAACAGCGAGUUCCUGGGGAAAACCCCAGGGCAAAGCGUUCAGAGAUGGGUUCCUUCACGAAGCACUAGACGAGAUGUCAACUCCGGCAACGAAAAAGAGCGACACGAUGGAAUCUUCAGGAAAGUGAGGGGCAUACUCAACAAACUCACGCCUGAGAAGUUUGACAAGCUAUGCCUUGAGCUCCUGAAUGUGGGCGUUGAUUCAAAACUCGUCCUUAAAGGAAUCAUCUUGCUGAUUGUAGACAAAGCCUUAGAAGAGCCGAAGUAUAGCUCGCUCUAUGCUCAGCUAUGUCUGCGCUUGGCAGAGGACGCACCAAACUUUGAUGGCCCUUCAUCUGAGAUCCAAACAUCCCAAAAGCAGAGCACAACCUUCAGAAGACUGCUGAUUUCCAAGCUUCAAGAUGAAUUUGAAAACCGCACCAGAAAUGUUGAGAUCUAUGACAAACAUGACAACCCUCUUACUUCUGAGGAGGAGGAGCAGCGUGCCAUUGCCAAGAUCAAGAUGCUUGGCAACAUUAAAUUCAUCGGGGAACUUGGCAAACUCGACCUCAUCCAUGAAUCUAUCCUUCAUAAGUGCAUCAAAACACUUCUGGAAAAGAAGAAGAGAGUCCAGCUCAAGGAUAUGGGGGAGGAUCUGGAGUGCCUCUGUCAGAUAAUGAGAACAGUGGGGCCGAGACUCGACCAUGAGAAAGCAAAGUCUUUAAUGGAUCAGUACUUUGGCCGUAUGCGAUCCUUAAUGAAUCACAAGGAAUUGCCCGCUAGGAUUCGCUUCCUGCUGCAAGACACAGUGGAACUGCGAGAAAACAACUGGAUCCCCCGUAAGGCUUUCAUUGACAACGGACCAAAGACGAUUAACCAGAUCCGUCAGGACGCAGUGAAAGAUUUGGGUGUUUUCAUCCCAGCACCCAUGUCUCAGGGGAUGAGAAUGGACUUCUUCCUGGAAAGCCCCUUCAUGCCCAACAGACUGAAAAUUGACAGGGAGACUCUUGGGGGAUUGGCAGACAUGUUUGGACAGAUGCCAGGUUGUGGAAUUGGAACUGGUCCGGGCGUUAUUCAGGACAGGUACUCGCCCACAAUGGGACGCCAUCGCACCAAUCCACUUUUCAACGGCCACAGCGCCCACAUCGCUGCUCCACCACAGUCACAGUUCGACAUGGGGCCCAAGUCUUUUGUUAAGUCCAACCAGGUUCAGAACCAGCAUUUUCUCAACCAGAACCAGAACCAUUUGGCCCAGCAGCAGGUCCAGUCCAAGGACAUGCCUCCACGAUUCAGCAAGAAAGGACAGCUCAAUGCUGAUGAGAUCAGCCUCAGGCCUGCUCAGUCAUUCCUCCUCAACAAGAACCAGGUUCCCAAGCUUCAGCCUCAGAUCCCGACCAUGAUGCCACCCAGUGCUCAACCCCCACGUACUCAAACCCCACCCCUGGGACAGCCUCCACAGCUUGGCUUGAAGACCAACCCUCCACCCAUCCAAGAGAAACCUCAAAAGACAAACAAGAAACCACCACCUGCUAGGGAGGAACUGCUUAAGAUGACGGAGGCGAUCAUGACUGAGUACUUGAACAGUAAGAACCUGACUGAGGCCGUGAACGGUGUGCGAGAGAUGAAGGCUCCGAAGCAUUUCCUCCCAGAGAUGCUCAGCAAGAUCAUCGUAUUUUCCUUGGAUCGUACCGACGAGGACAAGGAGCACGUGAGCACUCUGAUCCACACGCUCCGCACAGAGGGCCUCAUCACUGGAGAGAACUUCAUGCAGGCCUUCCUUAAUGUCCUGGACCAGUGCCCCAAGAUCGAGGUGGAUGUGCCCCUGGUGAAGUCCUACCUAGCCCAGUUUGCGGCGCGGGCCAUCAUCGCAGAGCUGGUGAGUGUGGCGGAGCUGGCUCACCCCUUGGAGAACGGCACCCACUUCCCUCUCUUCCUGCUCUGCCUGCAACAGACGGCCAAGCUGAAGGACCGGGAGUGGCUCACUGACCUCUUUCAACAGAGCAAGGUCAACAUGCAGAAGAUGCUUCCAGAAAUCGAUCAGAACAAGGACCGCAUGCUUGAGAUCCUGGAGGGGAAGGGCCUGAGCUUCCUGUUCCCACUGUUGAAGCUGGAGAAAGAGCUGCUCAAGCAGAUAAAGGCAGACCCCUCUCCACAGUCCAUCUACAAGUGGAUUAAAGACAACAUCUCUCCCAAGCUUCACACCGAUAAAGGUUUUGUCAACAUCCUCAUGACCAGUUUCCUCCAGUACAUCGCCCAGGAGCUGUGCAUGGUGGAGAAUGACGAGCAGCUAGCAGCCCCCUCCAAAGAGCAGCUGGAGCAGGAGAAACAGCUGCUGCUGGCCUUCAAGCCCGUCAUGCAGAAGUUCCUGCAUGACCACACUGAGCUGCAGGUCAGCGCGCUCUACGCCCUGCAGGUCCAAUGCAAUGCCAGCGCGUUCCCGAAAGGCAUGCUGCUGCGCUACUUUGUCAACUUCUACGACAUGGAGAUCAUUGAAGAAGAAGCCUUCCUCGCAUGGAAAGAAGACAUUACUCAAGAAUUCCCUGGAAAAGGAAAAGCUUUAUUCCAGGUUAACCAGUGGCUCACCUGGCUGGAGACAGCAGAGGAGGAGGAGUCGGAGGAUGAUGCAGACUGAGAAGCAAAGCAGAAGCACCAUGGUGUAGAUGAUGACCUUCUCUGAUUAUUACACUUGCCUUUCCUGUGUUAAACAUCUUAGUUGCAUAAUCAAAACCACUACAACAUGGCUUUCAGCUGCUUCUGUCACUCGAAUAUAAAACGAAAGCUUGUACCCGUAGGUCAUCACUUGUCACCAUCCUGCGCCAUGAUGAUAGGCUGAGACGCAUCCUUGUGAUCUGAUGCCUAAUGGAUGUUAGAUUUUUGGAUCCGUGUCCUGAUCAACCACAUGAAGUCUUGAGUGGCUCCAUCAAGUUUUUUCUUUUCUUUUCUUUUUUGCUCCGUUAGCUUUGUAACCUUUUUUUCCUCACUAUUUUGCAUGUUUUUCAGUUCCAUUUUUUUUUCCCGAUUCCCCUUUUAGUAAUUGUCUUUAUUUAAAGGUCCUAUAUGCAAUAGUUGAGCACCACAAGUUGUCAGAGUCGAGCACACGUCAGACCAAAACAUACAACAACAACAACAACAACAUACAAGUCCAGGAGAUGAGCUAGUUUUGGGUCAUUUCGUGGCUCAUAGAGCUCUCCCAUCACGGAAAUGCCAGACCAGUAAUAACCCUGGUCUUUUCUCUGAAGCCUUUUUUAGCCAAAGAACUCGCGUUCUAUGGAAGUAAAACCAGAGAACCGCCUUCAGCUGGAUGCAUCGACCUACUUUCUGCCACGACAGAGCAGCUCAUUUUGAUGCGUCCAUUGCUGCGUUCAAGUGGAACUUGUGAACUCGUAAUCUUUGACUUGCACAUCGUGUACAGGACAUCCUGAACUCUGAGCUCUUAGAAAACGUAGAGGAGUUUUAAAAAAAUGGUCAUGAAUGGAACGAGGGAGAUGUUCAAAUGUGCUCAUCAUGUGAGCACGGUGAACAACUCCAUUUGAACGCAGCAUAUUCAUAAAGAGGGUCUGGCGUUUCUGGUGGUACUCAAAUGCAGCAGUCGGACCAGCUUCAAAAACAGAGGCCCAGUUACGACACAGGAGUGUGACAUAACUCUCUGCUCAAGACCUCAGUACUCGCACAGUCUGUGUUUGUUUUUCUGAUAUUUUGUGAUGCAGAAUGUUGCAUAUUGCACCUUUUUUAAGACUGCGUAUGAUUCCCCUUCUAAAUUAGGAAGAUUAGUGGUGAGCUUCAUUAAUUCUACUUACACGUAUUAGACGAAGUAGCUAAAGGUCUUGUCAGUGAUCUGCUUUGUGUAAGGGCCCAGCCUGGAUUCCCUGUCAUCACACACACACAGACCCUGUUCAGCUCUGGAGUUAACAUCUGUUCGGAGUGUUUGGCUUUAAAUCCAGGUCUAAACAAGCCAGAUAAAUUCUGAAUGCAUCUUCAGAUUUAAUCACAAAAUUCAGAUGUUGUCUCUCUGGGAUGUGUGUGCACACAUUGUUUUACGUUUGUGAAUGAAGCCAGUGGAAAAAAAGGCCGCCUUAAUUGCAGCUGCUUAAUCUACCGAUCGACACGGUUUGUUUUCUCCUGAAAACGUGUUUCGUGUCACAGCAGCGCAGUCGCUCGCUCCAGUCGAGACACAAACACGCUGACAACGGACACAUCUGUACUGUCAGACUGCAUCAAAAACACAAUUUGGCCUUUGCUAGAGAGGAAAAGCAUCGGACAUGGUCACAAGUGUGGUCACAGUAGCUUCAGUCUGAACAAGGACACACACCAGAGGGGAUAAAAAAAAAAAAGGUCAUCCGCUCAGUCAGGUAUAAUUAAUGGGCCCACUGAAGCAGAAGCUGGCAAAGCAAUGAAUUAAAGUGCAUGUUUAGUCAACCUAUGUUUAACUUAAAAGUUGUUAACCGCUUCUUUUUUUUCUGUUUUGUUAAUUAAAAGUGCUCUUCAUAGACGACAAUGAGCAACUUCCAUUUAUUGUGAUUGUGUUUAUCUCUUCCUUUUUGUUGUCUUUUAUUUCAUGAGUGGUUGCAAUACUUAAUCCUCCAAAAUGU